AUGGCCCCCAAGUUCAAGGACGGGGACACGGUCUUUACUUUUAAUGGGAAAUGGAUUUCAUGGACGCAUACGGCUGUUGCUUAUGCUGCGUUUCUAGGCGCUCUGAUUGUUGGCGUACAGCUGCAUUACCAUAAGAUUGUCCAGAACGAGCAUUAUGGCUAUCCCGACGAGUGGUUCCCGUCCGUUUCCGCGACUAUUGGCGACAGAUACCCUGAGCGUUCGGUCUUCCAGGUCUUUAUCGCGAUCACUUCCGGUCCUCGAUUCGCCCUUGUCUUCCUCUGGUAUAUCCUCACUGCGAGACCCAACUCGGUUCUGCCCAAGUUUGUCCUCGGAGUUGGCCUGUUCAGGACCUUGACGUGCGGAGGAUGGACAUACGUGACCUCGACGGACGACCACAGCUGGCACGAUAUCUCUAUGAUCGCAUACCUGGUGGCUACUAUUCCGUGGACUGUCGGAUGUCUCGCAUUGAGUCCCAAUAACCCUCGGGCUCUCAAGUACCGAAAGACCUUCGCUGGUUUAUUCUUUGCUACAAUUGUUCCGCUAGUAUACUUUUUUAUCCAACACAAAGUCCACAAGGUUGCUGGAGCCUACACGACUUAUGCCUUUUUCGAAUGGGCCCUGAUUCUGUUCGACGUGGGUUUUGAUGCCGUGACUGCUCUUGAUUUUGAAGGUUUUGAGAUUACGGUGAAAGACAUUAAGGGGAUUAGCAGAGGCGGACAGCACGUCGCCCUUGGUGAACGCUUCUUCCUUAUCGAGGCAUUCGAUGCCGCGGCUGACGUCUACAAUGGAUUCGUCUUCUGGUCCACCCUGACUUCUCUUGGGGUUGUGGUUUGGUAUUUCCCCCUAUGGAGCAUGGGACUUUCUGGUUACGAGGCUAUCGUCAUGGCUAGUGUUUCGCCUGUGCUCCUAUGCAUGCCUGGAUUCCGCUCCUUUGCUGUCCGUAAUGUCCGACUAUUCCACCUACUAUCCCUCUCCGGCCUCCUCGCCUACCUCGUCCGAUACCCCCCAUAUCGACUGUUCAUGGUUGGUUUCUCCGUUGCCAUGGGCUGCUUAACAUGGGCUGCUACAUGGUAUGGAGAGCGUAGCCAGCCUGCACGCCUUGAGACGAGAGUGAUUGCCUGGAGCAUCGGACUUCUCGCCUCUAGUGUUAUGAAAUAUGCGUUUUACACAAACAACCCAGUGUGGCCCAUUCUCAACCCAAACAAUGGUGGAUGGAACAAGACAGCGCUUGCCCUCGCCCUACUCUCCGUGCUUCGUUCGACCCGCAGAAAUUAUGUGUCUGGAGAUUAUAUGGCCUCCAACGGCCGCAAGGGUUCCUCGAUUCUCUCCGCUCUCGGGUUCGGUGGACUUAUGUUUGCUAUGCACUCCCUUCUUUCGGAUUCUAGCACGAUGAUUCUAUGGGUGUGGGAAGGUUUCCCUAUCCGUGGUCCAAUUGCGGUGCCUCAUGGAUCUCUCACCAUCCUCGCCAUGGGUGUCGGUGUGUUUUUAGGCAUAACCUAUCCUCGUUUAGCUGGAAGCUGGACUGCCUUUGGCCUGGGAUCUGUUGGCGCCGCGCUAUUGACAGGAAACAGCCAUUGGAUAGGAUUCUACGGCGGCCUCAUGCUUGCAGUCUAUAUUAUGGCCAUUGCCCCUAUUCUCAUCGGCUCCGCUGUACGACACUCCCCUGCGACCGUCUUCGGAUUGGGCUUCUUCGUCUACAAUAUCAUGGUUCUUUUCAGUAUUUGGGUUGUCGCCUACGCUUUUGUGCCUGGCGGACCACUUGUCCGUGAACGCACCGACUGGGUCAUGAUCGCGAUGAUGAUCUUGAUUGGAGCCGGUGUCUUUUCAUCAUCGGUCUCGCAAACCUCGCCAUCCGCCAAAUACAGAAAGCCGGUCGUAAACGCUCGCAAGCAGAAAACCUUUUACCUCUACGUCCUUGGUGCUCUCCAGAUCGUCUCGUUCGCUGUUGGAUUCCUGCGAUUCCCCACCAAUGAUUAUACUCCAUACCAUAAAGACGAGAAGGUGUUGACUGCUGGUAUCUGGACUGUGCAUUUCUCGCUGGACAACGACAUGUGGUCCUCUGAGAGGCGUAUGCGUGACGCGAUCAAGGAACUGGAACUUGAUGUCGUAGGAUUGCUUGAAUCCGACCUUCAAAGAAUUAUCAUGGGUAACCGAGACACCACUCAGUUCCUCGCUGAAGAUCUCGGUAUGUACGUCGACUAUGGCCCUGGUCCAAACAAACACACCUGGGGAUGCGCUCUACUCUCCAAAUUCCCAAUUCUCAACUCGACACACCAUCUCCUUCCCUCGCCCGUUGGUGAACUCGCCCCUGCAAUUCAUGCGACGAUUGACAUGUACGGUGAACAUGUCGAUGUGGUUGUAUUCCACUCUGGCCAGGAAGAAGACCCCGAGGACAGAAGACUUCAGUCGGAAUACCUGUCCAAGCUGAUGGGAUCAUCGGACAAACCCAUGAUCUUGCUCAGCUACCUCGUCACCAAGCCGCUUGAAGGCAACUAUAACACCUACGUUAGCGAGCAGAGUGGAAUGAAAGACAUUGACCCUACCGACUGGGAUCGCUGGUGUGAAUAUAUUCUUUACAAGAAUAUCCGCAAGAUUGGAUAUGCUCGUGUGAGCAGAGGAACGAUUACAGACACCGAACUACAGGUCGGUAAAUUCGCUGUCGGUCAGCCAGAAGGCACGGGAGAACGCAUAACGGAAGACCAAGUACCUGCAGGCAUGAGAUUCCCUGCCAUGUUCCGAGGGGAAGGCGUUCGCGGCCACAGAUAUCAUGUGUUUGACGAGCCUCGAUACUACAACUAA